CAACGAUGUGGGGCGUGGGGAAAAUGCGAGGUUUUGCUUUUGAAUUUUUGGUGACUUCAUCGCCGCGAAACCUUGGGCGGCAACGAAAGCCACCAUCGGAUCCUAUCCCGACUGCCUCCCGCCGCCGCCCCAAGGCAUACCCGACACCAGCCCACGACAGGAGCCGCCAGAGCCACUAGGCAACACGCGCAGCCAUGGCCACAUCGUCGGCGCCCGCGGUAGCGGCGGCGCCCGCCCUCGCGCUCCCAGGCCAGCUCCUCGGCCCCGCGACAAAGUACCGCGCCGGGCCGGGCACGCACGUCCACGAGUCCAACCUGUACGCCUCGCUCCUGGGCGCCAUCCACGUGUCGCAGCCGCCCAAGCCCGCGGGGCCCGCCAAGCGCCCGAACCGCAUCGUCGCCGCCGUCGCCCCGCCGUCCUCGAGCCUGCCCGUCAUCUCCGUGUCGCGCGAGCCGCAGCAGCGCCGCAGCGCAAAGGUGCUCCCCGACGUCGGCAAUCUGGUGCUGUGCCGCGUCACGCGCAUCUCGUACGCCCAGGCCAUCGUGUCCAUCCUGGCCAUCGGGGACGCCGUGCUCGACGCCGAGUGGCAGGGCGUCAUUCGCGUCAGGGACGUGCGCGCGACGGAGAAGGACCGCGUGAGGAUACACGAGAGCUUCAGGCCGGGGGAUAUCGUGCGCGCGCAGGUGAUCUCACUUGGCGACCAGGCAAACUACUACCUGUCCACCGCAAGUAAUGAGCUGGGUGUCAUAAUGGCCACGAGCGAGGCUGGGAACCCAAUGUACCCAGUCAGCUGGAAGGAGUACAAGGAUCCCGAGACCGGACUGAGCGAACCGCGCAAGGUAGCAAAGCCAUGAGGCGGGCAUAUUCUACCCGUGCAACCUGUCAUAACCUGCUUCCUUGGGCUGCGAGCUUGCCGUCUAUAUCGCGGGAGACUCGACGGUUAUUUAGGUGAUGUUUGCCUCGCCACAACCCGACGAUGGCUUCACACUCAUGCCGUCAUAUUUGGUGCGACCGAAACAGCCCAAAUAUGUGACAAGGUCCCGUUACAGGCAACCGCGAGCCAUGGGGAUUCUCAAGCAUGGGCCACUUUUCAGUGCUACUACUUUUGGUGGAUGGCAUUACGUAUGGCGCUACGUAGGAGCUACUAUCAGGCGAGCUUCUGCGCUUGCCAAUGAGUGAUGAUACGGAAUAUACCCCUUGACGAUGAACGAGGUAGCAUGCUAUUCCAAUCUGGCUGCCGCAAGGACACCUCUUCAACGUGACUCUAUAGAUAGGCGAAAUGAAGCAACGAGAUAGAUCAGGCGCAUUGGGAGAAAAAGAUAGAAAAAUGUAUGAAAAGGACAGCUAGUAGGGAUAUGCGAACACAUUUCUCAUCCCGGUUGACCCUGCUCCGAGGGAGAGGAGUUUGGUGUCCGUCAAGAGAAGGCAGUAUUUGCGGUCAAACGAGAGCCAGGUCCGCCCCAGGCAUCAACUUAGAUGAUUUCCAGGGUCCGGGUCUGGCUCCCUGAAAACAAGGCCGUCCCUCCCGCCUCGCGCGCACGCGACAUGAACAUCCCAAUGCGGUAAUAGACAUUCUCUUCCCCGGCCGGGUGGAGGACCAAGCCCCAGGCACGUCUGUUCAGCCCAGGAGUUUGGCAUAACAAGCAUUCCUCCAUCGGAGGGAUCGCAUAGUCUAGCUGCGCGGGGCCGCAUUGUGAAUAUUCACUCUUAACGCGGCGGAUAUUUUCGGUCAAGAUAACAUCGUCCUCAUCGUC